AUGCUUCAUUCACCACCUUCUUUCCUGGAUUCCCUCAAGGCUCUUGAGGCUGACAUCCAACACGCCAAUGUGCUGGCAGCUUCUAUGCCAAAGGGGAAGGGUGAGGCUUGCCUUCAAAUGAAUCACUUUAAUCUUUUCCACGUAGUUGUGUAUAAGGUGCACACAAAUGGAAAGUCAGAUAUGUAUUGUAGUGAAAGAAAAGCAACCAUAAGGGAGUUCUACAGUGUUAUAUUACCUUCACUCCAGCGUCUUCAUGGUGAUCUAGUAGAAGCAAACAGGGUUCAAGAAAAUGAACAAAACAUUGAGAUGAUAACCAGGAAUGAGAAGGAUAAGAGGAAGGCUUCAGAUUUGGACUGGGAGGGAGAACAUGAGUGUGGCAUUUGCUUAGAGUCUUCCACCAAAAUGGUUUUGCCUAAUUGCUGCCAUGCUAUGUGUAUAAAUUGUUACACUGACUGGAACACAAGGUCAGAAUCUUGUCCAUUUUGCCGAGGAAGUUUAAAGAGAGUUAAUUCGGGGGAUUUGUGGGUUCUAACAUGUAGUAGAGAUGUGAUUGAUAUGCAAACCAUACACAGAGAAGAUAUGUUGCGUCUCAAUCUCUUUGUAAAUAAUCUUCCCGAAUAUACCCCGGAUGCUCUUUUUCUUGUGUACUACGAGUACUUAUUUUAA